CAUAAAAUUUCGAGAUGCAGAAUCGAAAAACAGGCACUAAUUAGGUUAUGUUUUAUCGCGAGAUUAUAAAGCAAUAUAUACACACGAGUAAUUAUAAUGGAGGAGAUGCAAAAGAAGCUUCAGACUGAAGCUGAUACAUUAAGACAGAUUCAUAAAGAAUAUAAUAAAGUACUAAAUCAAAGACGACAAUUGGAUGGACAGUUAAAUGAGAAUAUUAUGGUAAAGGAAGAAUUGGAACUCUUGAAGGAAGAGAACGACGUAUUUAAAUUAAUAGGGCCUGUGCUUGUGAAACAGGAUCUGUAUGAAGCUAAACAAAAUGUUGACAAGCGUAUCGAUUAUAUUAAAGCUGAAUUGAACCGAGUAGAUGGAUUGAUGUCUACCUUAGACAAGAAACUGGACACACAAAAAGAUAUAAUAGACAAAUUACAACGUGCAUUUCAGCAAGCUCAAAUUAAAUCCUCGAUAAACCAACCAAAAUCAUAAUGUCAUGCAAACAUCAACUUUGCAGAAGUAUCAGUUAUUAACAUGUAAUGAUAAGCAUUUAAAUAACAUUGUUUUAUAUUAACAAAGUUGCUGUAUGAUAGUGAUUUCUCAUUUUGUUCAUUUGCGCUUCUAUAAAAUAAUCGUUGAUGCGUUUUUUACAUUACGAGUGUUUAAUUGUAAUUUAUGUAAAUUAAAAAUUAC